CGAAGUAUAGUGGCCAAGAUUCAUAGUAGUUCCCAGCUGAUAUCGCACACAUCCACCUCUUGAGUCAUUCCUUUAUACUGUCUCAGAAGCAUUAAAUCUCCCGUUGAAAAUAAAGCACACCUGUCUCUCAGAUACUCGUAGUGAUUGAACGACAUGAUAUUAAUUUAUGGUUUUACUCAACUCGCAUUCUCUCGCAAGGCUGGCAGCUUCGAGUUCUCACGGUGAUGGGUGACUCGAUGUCGAAACCACAUGAUAUGAACCAAUUAAUCGGUUAAGCAAUUCUACGUCUUGCAUUGACGACCAUAUCAGCCAGUCUCUGCUAGAGAGGAGUUUGUGGAUAGGGCCACCCCUCAUCUGGGCCUGAACUGGUUGAGAAGCUGGUUGAGAGCCGCGUAACAGAUAAAUGAUCCUUGCGCAGCACAAUUGUCGCUAGCGUCAAACAUAAACUCAGACAGUCGCAGAUAGCAUCUCAGAUCGUAUUUGUAAGAGCCACGUCCUGUGAGACCAAAGGCCAUGCAGCUGCCCCACACCUUCACCUCCAGCAUGCAGCGCAGCAGCAGCACAGUAGGCACCGGCAUAAAGGCAGCCAUUGUUGCGCUUGUCAUUAUCAACUUGGUGCAGCUCAAUCUGCUGUUCCUCGGGACAAACAGCAGCCUCAGCUGCUACUGGCGAUGCGGCAGCAAGCCCUCCCAGAGCUCUGGCAGCCUUCCAGCAAUUGCACCGCAGAGUCCCAACAAAAAAGACAAACCUGCACAAGGCUUGUGGGAUACACUGGG